AUGUGUGAAACAAACAGUUUCUUGGACAAUGUUACUUUGGCAAUGAAUGAGAACGCGAUGGAUGUAUUAAAUUCUUCGUGUGGAAAUUUAACACAAGAUGACGUCACUGUGGGAAAUUCUUCACGUGGAAAUUUAACACAAGAUGACGUCACUGUGGGAAAUUCUUCACGUGCUGGUGGUAACUGGAGAAGUUACGGUAGUUAUCAAAAAUUUUCAUGUGGUUACUGCGACACAGCAUGCAUAUACAGCGCCAUUGAGACAUUGUUUAUCAUUGGAAUAGUGGCCAACAUGUUUGUAAUAACACGAGUCAUUCGUGACCGGAACUUGCAUGACCCGACAUUCGUUGCUAUAGCUGCUUUAGCUAUUGCUGAUUUAUUGUUUCUUACUCUAAACCUGACAACAUCAUUUGAAAGAGUUAUCUUAUCUGUCACGUGCUCAUCUCCAGUUAUAAUAAGUUCACCAUAUUAUAUUCUGAAAUCCAUUUUCUGGUUCUCAGCAAAUACACACGUGGCUUUGUUAGCUGUUUUGAGGUAUAUCACGUUGGCUUAUCCGUUAAGAGCUAAUGCCUAUCUAACAAUUAAAAAGGUGAUAAUAUCGUCUAUAGUUGUGUGGAUAAUUGGAAUGAUAAUAACAGGAAGUCUAACAGCACUUAUAAAUGCAAAAAUUAUUCUGGCCGGACGAUCCCAGGAAUUUUUGCUGUAUUUAUGGUUAUCGGUGUACUUUCUGCCGUUAGUUAUAACGUGCGUCCUUCAUAUUUUGAAAAUAUGUAUGGUCAAAGGGUCUAUUUCUUUCACGACAACAGACGCCACCCGGAAGUCGAUACAGCGCAUGUCAAAAAUAGUUGUUGUUGUUAUUGUAAUGGCGGCUGUUCUUCCAUUACCAAGACUUAUACAUAAAUGCCUAAAACUUGCUGGACGAGAUGUAUAUCCACCUAGUGAUUUUCGAACUCAUUUCGGUGAAAUCGCGGAUUGCUUAUUUCUUAUUAACAAUUUCAUCAAUCCGUUUAUUUAUGGAUUUAUGUCUGAAAAGUUUCGCGGAAGCUUAAAGUCGAUGUUCUCUUGGUUACCUGGGGUUAAUGAGGACAGUAUUGUCACAUCCGAUACACCAUUGUCAUCGAGAAAGAUGAAUUAUAAUCUAGGAGAAAUGCCGAGAAAAUACAGUUACGCUGAUAGUUUGGACAGCGUUAAUGGUGUGUAA